AUGGCCACCUGGAUCGACCUUUUUGCUCUGUUUGCUACAAUCAGCGUGCUGACAGCCAUUGUAUACGCCAUUCUAUUCGUCGUGAAAUCUGUGAACCAAGGCGUCAACGCCACGAAAGAAUCAUUAAAGUCGCGGGGAUUGGAUGUUUCAGCUUCCGGAGUAGCCGUCAAGACAUCGAGGAGGUUUGACAGGGAGGACUAUGUUGAUGCAACACAACGGGGAUUCGUGAAAGCCCUGAACGCCUCAAGCAUCCGCAAAGGCGACGGCACCACCGCUCCUGUCCCACUCGCACGCGAGCAUUCAUCGUCCAGUGUAGCCAGCUCCGACGGAAGCAAGAAAAAGAAAAAAGGGGCUCUCGGCGGAAGGAAAUAA